AUGGGGAAACCGGAUUUCAACAGUCCGCGUGGCGGUGGUCGCGGAGGGUUUAGAGGAGGCCGCGGUGGAGGGGGAGGUGGAGGCCGAGGGGGAUUCGGUGGAGGCCGGGGUGGCUUCGGGGGAGGCGGCGGCAAGUUUGAAAAACGAGGCGGAGGCGGUGGUGGAGGCCGGGGCUUUGGAGGACGCGGCGGAGGAGGCCGCGGACGGGGAGCUCCGAGGGGUGGUGGAGGCCGUGGAGGUUUCAAAGGAGGAAAGCAAGUUAUUAUCGAGCCGCACAGGCAUCCAGGAGUAUUCAUCGCGAGAGGUAAAGAGGAUGCACUAGUUACAAAGAAUCUUGUUCCCGGUUCAGAGGUUUACGGUGAAAAGAGGAUAUCUGUUGAGACAGAGGGAGAUAAGGUUGAAUACAGAGUAUGGAAUCCUUUCCGAUCAAAGUUAGCAGCGGCUAUAAUGGGCGGUGUGGACGCUAUACAUAUGCCUCCUGGAUCGAGAGUUUUGUACCUUGGGGCAGCUAGCGGGACCACAGUCAGCCAUGUGUCUGAUAUUGUAGGACCGGAAGGACUCGUGUAUGCGGUAGAAUUCUCACACAGAUCCGGUCGAGACCUUAUAAAUGUAGCAAAGAAACGGACAAACAUUAUACCUAUCAUUGAAGACGCCAGACAUCCAUUGAAAUAUAGAAUGUUAGUAGGUAUGGUAGACACAAUAUUUGCAGACGUAGCGCAGCCUGAUCAAGCCAGGAUCGUCAGUUUAAAUGCGCAACAUUUCCUCAAAAAUGGUGGACAUUUUGUUAUAUCUAUUAAGGCCUCGUGUAUAGACUCAACCGCUCAACCGGAAGCAGUAUUUGCGUCUGAAGUAAAGAAAUUACAAGCGGACAAGUUAAAACCACAGGAACAAUUAACAUUAGAACCUUAUGAGAGGGACCAUGCGGUAGUAGUCGGUAUUUUCAGACCGCCUCCUAAGAAAGCGUAGCUUAAACUUUAGUUUUACAAUUUGUAAAAAGAAAUUUUUAUUAAUGGUUGGUUUCAUUGGUUAUGGAUUAAGUUUAUCCUGCACAUAAGUUACGAAUAGAUUUAAACAGCAGCACGUAAAAUUGAAAGACUGUGUUAGGAUCUGUAUCUCCACAAUUAUUAAUGCUUAGAACCGAAUAUAAAAUCAGUAUAUCAACAAUUUCGACCUAAUAAAAAUAACCGGGUAUAUCGUUCCAUAGCUUAGUUGGCUAGAGCAUCGACACAGUGAGGUUAAGACGCUGGUUCGAUAACUGCUGGAAGGGUUGAUUUUUGAUAUGAUAUAAAAAAAGUUUAAAUUGUUACAUAUUUGCGAUUAGAAACAUCUCAUAAAAGUAGAAUUUGAUUGUAAAAAAGAAUAAUAUAUCAAAAAGUUUUAUCUUUUGGAUACUGUUAUCCAUCAAAUAUAUGUCCACGACCAGUGAAACAGCCCAUAAAGUUUGUACAUUGUCAUAUUGAAAAUGUUUGUUGUAAAGUUCAAAUAAUACUAUUUUUUAAUAAUCUGAUGCAUUUAAGUGAUGCCCGCGGUUUUUAAUAUAAAUUAGUUUUAAGUUAUGUUAAGUUGUGACACGAGGUGAUGUAUGUUUAGUUGUAAGUGAAUGAAUAAAGACGCUGCGAUUG